CAGUCUUGGAAGUCUUCUCAUGUUGAAUUCACACUCAAGAUGUAGACUGUAUGCUGGACUGUAUGCUUAUCAGCCCUAGCUAUAAUAAUGACUGUGACCAAAGAUCUAAAGAUUCUUAAACUAGGUGCUAAUAAUACAGUCUUAUAGAAGUAAGGAAGUAAGGUACUGUAUGUUGGAUGAGAGAUAGAUAUGAUUGGUCAGUGAGAUGUUUGGGUGUGUCUUGAUAUUAGGGAUUUCAAAGAGUAAGAAGUGAGUUAAAAAAAGGAAGGAAGUAGAGGUCAGUAAGAAAUAGUGAGAAAGUCAGUUACAAGUUAGAGAGUCAGUUGGAAAGCUUAGAAACAAAGGUAAGAAUUUAAUAGAGUUAUGAAGGAAUGCUUAAGAAUGCAAUAUAGGAAGAUGGAAUUUGUGGAAAAUUAUGAGAACUAUAAAUGAAUAAAAGAGUAAACGCAGCAAGCAAUUGUGUUGUGAUAUUUAUAAGAAGGACACAGAUUUCCUCAGUCCCGUUUCAUAAAUAUAAAGUAACAAUUCUUAAGUUCCAAUGAAUAAAGCUUCAAUUAAAAGGUUGACAAUAGAUUGAGUGCCAUCAAUUUAUAUGAGUCGAGUUCUAAAAUAAGUAUAACAGAAAUGUACAUACACACUGUAUUCGUAUAAAUAAAUAGAAAAAGAAAUAAUAAAAAAACUAAGCAAAGUCACAUUAUUACUUCAUUAUUAGACAUUGCAUAUAAUAGAUAUCUAUAUUAUCUGUGUUAUUUUAAAACUUACUUUUUAACUUAAUCACAUACAUUAAACAACAUUCAUUACAUUUGCUAUCGUUUAUUUCAAACAAAACAAUGUUUAUUACACUUUGCUAUUGUUUAUUUUUGUUUUUCAUGUAUUGUGUACAGUUAAUUCAUAACAAGCAAGAAAUGACACAAAACAUUUUUAGGUAAUCUCCAAAGCAUUCCGAUUACAAAAUUUGUCUGCAGUCUAUGUAUAAGCUGUUAUAAGCCAUUAACGUUUUGAUCAACUUAUUGAUUGAUUGAUUUAUGUUUAAAACUCCAUUUACAUUUUUUAUGCUCACUUCUAAUGCAAAUUUUCUCCACAGUGCUGAUAAACAGGUAAAACAACACUUAAUGAUAUAUGGGGAAAACCAUCAGUCAGGUAAUUUGACAUUAAGAUUUGUUUAAGGCCCAAAUCUACUACUGGAACACAAAAUAUGUGUAAUUUAACUUGCAAUUUUUUUUAAUACCCAUUUGUGACACACAAGCACACACUUUUGUGAAUGUUGAAAACAUUACACAUGCUCUUCCUGGCCCAUAAUUUCACUAUAACAAUACCGUAAAAAUAUUAAAUAUACCCGAUGUACAGAUCAGAAAAAAAAUCCGCACACAUGUACUGUACAUGUCAAUUUGUAUGCCCCUCUUCGGGGUAUAUUGUUUUGCUGGGUGUUGGUUUGGUCGGUUGGUCUGUCUGUCGGUAGACCAGUUACAUGUAGUUUUAGAUCAAUAACUUGUGAAUGGAUUGAUUGACCGAUUUGCUUGAUACUUCACUUUUGCAUUGGCCUUGGACAGUACAUGUAGAUGACCCGUAUGGAAAUUGGGGUACUAGGUCAAAUGUCAAGGUCACUGUCACACUAAGAGUGUGAAUCAUUUCCGAUCAAUAACUAACUUGUCAAGGUAUUGACUAAUUGCCAUGUGCAUUGGCCUUGAACAUUAGAUGACCCCUUUCAAAAUAGGCUUACUAGGUCAAAGGUUAAGGUCACUAUCCUACUGUGUGAAAAUUGUUUCCGAUUCAUAACUUGUGAACGGAUUGCACGAUUGACUUGACACUUCCCGUGUGCAUUGGACUUGGACAGUAGAUGACCCCUAUUGAAAUUAAGGUCACUAGGUCAAAGGUUAAGGUUACUGUCUUACUAAGCAUUAAAAUCAUUUCCGAUCAAUAACUUGUCAAUUGAAACUUCACAUUGGCCUUGGACACAACAUGACCACUAUUGACAUUGGGGUCACAAGAUCAUAGGUCAAGGUCAUUGUCACACUGAGAGUGAAAAUCGAUUCCGAUCAUUAACUGGUCAACAAAUUCACUUAUUGGCUUAAAAAUUCCCAUGUGCGUUGGCCUUGAACAAAAGAUGACCACUAUUGAAAUUGGGGUCACUAGGUCAAGGUCAAGGUCAUUGUCACAUAAAGUGUGACAAUUGCAAAUUAAGAAAAUAUGCUUAGAUUGUUUAUUUCUCUUUUUAGCUGUCAUGUUACUUUUCUUCAACAGAAAGGAUGUCAAGAGUGGCAAUCUUCUCCAAAGUCGUCAGAUAAUUGUACAUGAAAAAUGGACGGAACAAAGAAAAAGGGGAGAAUUCGUGCUGCUGACUUAAAGCGUGACAGUCAACCCUCCCACAGCAGUACCAAAUAUGACUUCUCAAAGAUUGUGGCUUUGAAAGGGAAAGAAGGAAGAGAUCCCAGGAACACUGGACGACCAGCUGGCAUCGAAUCUUGCCCUUCAGGCUCUAAAAAGAUUUGUUUAGAAGUUCAUGAAAAUGAAGGCACAGUGGAAAACGCUUCACAGAUCACUGAGAUUGCAACUUGUGUUGAUCAGCUGUCGUGUGAUGAAAUAUAUAGGAACCUUUUGCUGGAACAAAAUGGAUUUUUUCACCUGGAUGAUCAGUACAAAACUUAUGCUAUGCAAGAUUUUGAUGUUGAAAAAUCAUCUCUAAAGCCUAGCGUAUUCCAUAUUCUUCAAAGAGAUGGGUGUAAAUUCAGUGAUGACUUGGCAUGGUUGUGGAAAUGUACAUGCAAUAAAGAUCGCUCAGAUAUGAUAAGCUGCUUUCAAGGAAAGAUGCAUAUAACCUACCAUGAAUUUACAGACAGAUGGCCCAUUUGUCAACAUAUCAAAAUAGGCAUUGCAAUUUUGAACACUUUUGAUUCCAUAAUUGGAAUAAUCCCAACUAUUACAGAGGCUGAAGUUGAGGUUUUUGAUGAAUUUGAUGGACAGCCAAUCACGUCAAGUUUUGAGAAUGUUGUGCUGUUGAAGAAUGGUCUUUAUUGUGUGUGGCAUGCAGAUGAUUAUGGCAUUGUUUCCACAUCAGGUAGAGAACCAAGAUGUCUUGUUUGUCCUCACUCACAUUGUUCUCACACUCGGACCAUAGAAGCAGCCAAUAUUACAGUUACAUCGGCUUCUGAAAAAAAGAGUUAUAGCAAACAAUGUCUUUCAACUCUCAAAAUACCAUUUGUUUCAUCAACAGAAAUGCAAAAUCAAUAUCAGAUGCCUGUUUCUGACAGAUUUAUGUUUGAAAGGAAUAAUGAUGUAGUUUAUGCCCUGAUGCAUUGGAAUGUGAGGAUUGUGGAACCAGCUUAGAGGUCAAUGUACAUGAAUGUCGUGUCUAUCUUGUCAAUCAAAUAGUAAGAGGAAAAAUGUCAAGAAAAAAAUGUCCAACCUGUAGCAGGAUGUAUGACUUUGACGGCCUUUCUGUCUGUAUUUUAAAUAUGAGACAGUUUGUCAUUUGUCAUGAAAUACUGAGGAGAUUCAUGUAUUACUACCUCACAGGAAAGACAACAAUUUACACAGAGUAUUCAGUGCUAUGUAGGACAUACAAAGAUGCUGGUCAUGCUAAUGUCCCAUCAUAUGAUGAUUUUAAGUCAGCAUGGUAUGCCUUCCUGGAUCUUCUGGACAUUGAUUACAACAGCUCAUUUUUUUGUCCUGAUUGUGGGUCCCUACCCAGACUCAGUUGUCAUGGAUGCUACUUCAGUUUCUUUCCGGAAGCAUUUAAUGUCAUGGGGUGAAUUGAUGUCAUCCAUUGAUCGGCCUGGAGAGCCGUACGACAAAAAGAACCCAAACAAGGUUAAAGAAAGAACAAUAUUUUCUGCAACGGUGAGAAGGAUCUUGCAACAGUAUGUGACUUGUGGCAUAGAAAACUCCAGAUCAACUAGUCUGUUGGAAGCCAUCAGGUCAGAUACAGGUUCAGCUCCAAUGUCUGACCUUGUGGAGCAUAUCCUGGGCGAAAGUAAAGUUGUGGACCAAAGAAUAAUUGUAAAUGCAAUUUGGAAAGAUUUUGUAAAAGUUCUUGCUUCACCAAAUCCAGUUUCAUCAUUUAUCCCACCUGAUGAAGAUAUUGUUGACACCUUAUGCAAAUCAUUUGCUAAAGAAGAAAAAUUAUUUUCAUCUGACUUGGAAUUAAAUAUGAUUCAAAACAAAGUACCUGUCAUCUUUGAUAUUUUGAAAAAAAUAAAAAACAAAUUUCCUUUCAAAUUGUUCCUGGACUGCAUGGCUUACAUGAGUAGUAAGGUGUUUCAACCUUUUAUGCAAGCACCAUGUCCGAUGGAAUUGCCCGAUGAACAGCAAAAUGAACUGGAAGUAUACCCCUGUUUAUCCCAGUUCAGAAAAAGAGGGGUUUAUACUGCUGAUGGAAGAAAACGCACCAAGGAUGAUAUGUGUAGAAAGUUGGCUAAAGGUCAUCCAAGACUGCUACCUGGGAUCUUCACUUUGUACUGUCUACAUGGGAUUUGCUAUGGCUUUGAGGUUAUGCGGUUUUGUGAAUCCCCAGAUGUACCAUUCACUCUGCUGCGCACCAGAUUUCCAACAGCACCUAAAAUGGUUGUGUACGACAAUGCCUGUUCACUUCACGAAUACUGCUUGAACAGGGAUCCUGUGUUCUUCAAACAUACUCAGUUUAAGGUGGACAGUUUACACUUCAAAAAUCACACAGCCUGUGGACCAGCUUAUGAACUGAAGCGGUACCCAGCCUAUGCCAAGUUUAAUUCUCAGGUUGUGGAGCAAGCAAACUCCAGACUGCAGAGAUUGAAGGCUUCGUUGUCUUAUAUGACACAAAACAACUUCCUCAAGCAUUGCAAAUUUUAUAUAUGGGGACAGAAUACAGACAUUCUUAAAAGACUUAAUGAAGAAAAUAAAGCCCCAAAAUAGAAAUAUUGACUGAAAAUAUGCAAAAAUGGUAAUAACGAAGUGGUAUCAGUGUAUGUUGAUUUUAAAGGAAUGGUUUGAGGGAUUUUUUUAACGUGUUCUGAAAAUUUAAACCCACAUGCCUCAAUUUUUGACUUGAAGUGAAAUAUGUGAAUGGUAUGUAAAUUGUUACUUUUUGAAAAAUAGCAAUUUUGGUCAGGUCAAGUUUUUUAACUUGAAUUUGAUAUUUCUUAAUAUAAGGGACUUUUUAACCUUGAACUUAUAUAAAAGUGAAAGCAGUUUUUGUGCCCUCCACAUAGUGGGCAGCAUAUAGCGUUGCCCUUGUCCGUCCGUACGUAUGUUCAUCCUGAAAUUUUGUCUGUACAUACGUAAGUCCCAGUAUUGUGAACACAACUCCUCUUUAACAGAUUGACAGAUUUUGAUUAAACUUUCAUGGAUGAACACCCAUAUUAUGAAGAUGAUUAUUAAUAGAGAAUUUUUGCUGCAACCAAAUUUGACGGAAUUACAGCCCAUUGUUGAUUUUUUGUAAGUCCCAAAAUAUUGUGAACGCAACUCCUCAUCAAUCACUUGGCAGAUUUUGCUCAAACUUGCAGGGAUGAACACCAUUACUGUGUAGAUGAUCAUGCAGGAUGGAAUUUCUGCUGCAACCAAAUUUUACAGAAUUAUGGCUCUUUGAUUAUUUUCCCCCAAUAUUAUGUAGUGAAAUCGUCCCAAAAUUUUGUGAACGCAACUUGUCUUAAACUGAUUGGCGGAUUGGCAUAUAUACAUCUGCAUGCUUAUGUGUGGUCUUUGGGUUUAAUGAGCUCUUAUAAUUGUUGAUCUGAUAAAUAUCUGGGCCUUUCCGAGUGGUUGUAUUUUAGCAUUGUUGAUGUGUGUAAAAAACAUAACUUGUUCAAUUUGCUGUGAAAUAUGUUUAUGUGUAUGCCGGUUGCUAUACUUGUUUGCUCUUGUAAAAUAUAAAUAUGUGCUGAUAUGAUAUGUCAAAAAAUUGUGUAUGCCUGUUGCUAUACUUGUUUGCUCUUGUAUAAUAUCUCUUUGAGCUAUUGUGACGGGUAUUUGCAAAUGUGUCUUUGUAUGUGUAUUGUGAAAAACACUCUGAAGUGGCAAGGAAUAGAGCUAUAGUCUAAAGAAAAAACAUAAGUCAGGUGAGCGAUAUAGGGGCAUCAUGGCCUUCUUGAUUUUAUAUUAAAUACCAUUGACAUUUUUUGUCCUGAAAUCUGUUUCUUACAAUAUUUAAAUUUACGACCGGUGACUUAUAAUUUUGCACACACAAAAUAUUAAUAUUUACAAUGCCAUUAAAUGUCAGAAAACAAAAAGGGACGUGAAUCUAUACCAGACAGUUAUCUUACCAUUUCUGUUGACUUUGGACAUUUUUUGUCCUGAAAACUGUUCUUUUCAAUAUUGAAAUUUACGACCGGUGGUAACUUGUAACUUUGCGCACACGUUAUUAAUAUUUAUUAGGUUAUUGAAUGUCUGAAUACAAAACGGGACGUGAUUCUAUAUCAGACAGUUCUCUUACAAUUUCUGUUGACUUAGGACAUUUUUUGUCCUGAAAUCUGUUUCUUACAAUAUUGACAUUUACGACCGGUAACUUGUAAUUGUUCACACAAAUUAUAAAUAUUGCAACGUUAUUAAAUGUCUGAAUACAAAACGGGACCUGAUUCUAUAUCAGACAGUUCUCUUACCAUUUCUGUUGACUUUGGACAUUUUUUGUCCUGAAAUCUGUUUCUUACAAUAUUGACAUUUACGACCGGUAACUUGUAAUUGUUCACACAAAUUAUAAAUAUUGCAAUGUUAUUAAAUGUCUGAAUACAAAACGGGACCUGAUUCUAUAUCAGACAGUUCUCUUACCAUUUCUGUUGACUUUGGACAUUUUUUGUCCUGAAAACUGUUCUUUUCAAUAUUGAAAUUUACGACCGGUGGUAACUUGUAACUUUGCGCACACGUUAUUAAUAUUUAUUAGGUUAUUGAAUGUCUGAAUACAAAACGGGACGUGAUUCUAUAUCAGACGGUUAUCUUACCAUUUCUGUUGACUUUGGACAUUUUUGGUCUUGAAAUCUGUUCCUUGCAAUAUUGAAAUUUACGCCGGGUAACUUGUAACUUUGCACACACGUUAUUAAUAUUUAUUAGGUUAUUGAAUGUCUGAAUAAAAAACGGGACGUGAUUCUAUAUCAGACAGUUAUAUCUAACCAUUUCUGUUGACUUAGGGCAUUUUUUGUCCUGAAAUCUUUUUCUUACAAUAUUGACAUUUACGACCGGUAACUUGUAACUUUGCACACACAUUAUUAAUAUUUACAAAGUUAUUGAAUGUCUGAAUACAAAACGGGACGUGAUUCUAUAUCAGACAGUUAUCUUACCAUUUCUGUUGACUUUGGACAUUUUUUGUCUUGAAAUCUGUUCUUUAAAAUAUUGAAAUUUACGACCGGUAACUUGUAACGUUGCGCACACGUUAUUAAUAUUUAUUAGGUUAUUGAAUGUCUGAAUACAAAACGGGACGUGAUUCUAUAUCAGACAGUUCUCUUACAAUUUCUGUUGACUUUGGACAUUUUUUGUCCUGAAAUCUGUUUCUUACAAUAUUGACAUUUACGACCGGUAACUUGUAAUUUUUCACACAAAUUAUUAAUAUUUACAAUGUUAUUAAAUGUCUGAAUACAAAACGAGACGUGAUUCUAUAUCAGACAGUUCUCUUACCAUUUCUGUUGACUUUGGACAUCUUUAGUCCUGAAAUCUGUUCUUUACAAUAUUGAAAUUUACGACCGGUAACUUGUAACUUUGCGCACACGUUAUUAAUAUUUAUUAGGUUAUUGAAUGUCUGAAUACAAAACGGGACGUGAUUCUAUAUCAGACAGUUAUCUUACAAUUUCUGUUGACUUUGGACAUUUUUUGUCCUGAAAUCUGUUUCUUACAAUAUUGACAUUUACGACCGGUAACUUGUAAUUUUUAACACAAAUUAUUAAUACUUACAAUGUUAUUAAAUGUCUGAAUACAAAACGAGACGUGAUUCUAUAUCAGACAGUUCUCUUACCAUUUCUGUUGACUUUGGACAUUUUUUGUCCUGAAAUCUGUUCUUUACAAUAUUGAAAUUUACGACCGGUAACUUGUAACUUUGCGCACACGUUAUUAAUAUUUAUUAGGUUAUUAAAUGUCUGAAUACAAAACGAGACGUGAUUCUAUAUCAGACAGUUCUCUUACCAUUUCUGUUGACUUUGGACAUUUUUUUGUCCUGAAAUCUGUUCUUUACACUAUUGAAAUUUAUAUACGAUAACUUUGAAAUUUACGACCGGUAACUUGUAACUUUGCACACACGUUAUUAAUAUUUACAAUAUAAAAUGUCUGAAUACAAAACGGGACAUGAUUCUAUAUCAGGCAGUUAUCUUACCAUUUAUGUUGCCUUUAGACAUUUGUGUCCUAUUAUAUGUUCCUUGCAAUUUUGAAAUUUAGGCACAAAAAUUGGGUUUGCUAUUGGAAACAAACAACUUUGUUUUAGGCCUAGCUUACAA